AUGUCUACCUGUACUGAUGUGCAGGUCAUCUCUGGACUGAAGCUUACGAGAUUAUUUGCUUCAAAUCAGAUUCUACCAAGUGAAUGUCUUAUUUGCCUAGUAGAACUCCUUGAGGAUACUAAUACAAACCCUUCUCUAACCUUAUCUGUGGUUACGUUGCUAUCACAGCUAGCUUUAGACAAUGAGACUAGAGAAGCUCUUCAGGAUACCUACAAUCUGACCAGUGUGCUGGCAGGAGUGGUUCAUCGAAGUUCUACCGAUCUUAGUGAUCCAGUCUUAUUACAGAUAUCUCCUAAAGCACUAAGAAUACCAGAGGACUUAAGGAUCCAGAGUAUUCAGCUGCUGCAGAGGCUAACCUACAACGUUCGAGUUUUUCAUGCUGGUGCCAACAUCGAUGAAUUAGUUUCAUUUCUAAUGCAUCAUGUUCAGUCCACUGAAGAUGAGUUAACAAUACCAUGUUUAGGACUCCUGGCAAAUCUCUGUCGUCACAACUUAUCUAUUCAAACUCAGAUAAAAUCUUUGAAUAAUGUGAAGAGUUUCUAUCGUACCUUGAUAAGUUUCCUGGCCCAUAGUAGUUUGACUAUGGUUGUGUUUGCCCUUUCAGUGUUAUCAAGCCUUACUUUAAAUGAAGAAGUAGGAGAAAAACUCUUUCAUGCUCGAAAUAUCCAUCAGACUUUUCAGCUAAUAUUCAAUAUUGUUGUAAAUGGAGAUGGUACACUAACAAGAAAAUACUCUGUUGAUCUACUUGUGGAUCUUCUGAAGAACCCCAAAAUUGCAGAUUAUCUUACCAGAUAUGAGCACUUCACCUCAUGCCUUGGGCAAGUAUUAGAUCUUCUUCAUGGAAGGGAUCCUGAUUCAUCAUCUAAGAUCUUAGAACUGCUACUUGCCUUCUGUUCUGUGAUGGAACUGCGUCAUACUCUGCGGCAGGCAAUACUGGAACCCUCUGGAUUGCCAGUCUCUGGAAAUACCAGAUUUGUGGCUCGCUCAAAGACUUUUGAACCAUCUGUUGCAUUGGUGCACUUGUCAAACCAACCAUUGGAAGGCUCUGAAGACUGUUCAGUUCUAGCCUUGCAGCUAUUCAAGGAGAUUUUUGAGGAUAUUAUUAAUAGUGGCAACAGUGCCUCAGCUGAACACUUUGUGGAUCUUUUGCUGCCUGUUCUCCUUGAUCAUCUUCAGAUGCCAGAACAGAUUGUGGAUGAGCUAUUAGUGAAGAAAAAGUGUGAAAGAAUGGUCAAGGCUAUUAGUGUUCUAACAAUGCUGUGUGGAGAUGACGUACUGAAAACACAUGCCUCAAAGGAGCUGAGUGCCAGCCGAUGCACAUCUCUAAUAGAACACCAGUUUAUCUAUAGUGGGAUUGAUACUGGUUUGGGGACAAAGGUAGUGGACUCUGAACUGUGCAAACUUGCUGCUGAUGUUAUUUUGAAAACACUUGAUCUUAUGAGCAGACUUAAGCAGGAGGUACCUAGUAUGGAAGUCAGCUUCUACAAAAUUUUACAGGAUCAGCGCUUGAUUACACCUUUGACAUUUGCUUUAACAUCAGACCAUAGAGACCAAGUGCAAGCUGGACUUAGAAUACUGUUUGAGGCAGCACCCUUACUGGAUUUUCCAGCCAUAAUGCUGGGCGAGAGCAUUGCAGCAAGUAAUGCUUACAAGCAACACGAAGCAGAGCAUGCAUCAAAAAGAAUCCAAAUGCAAUCACCUAUGACCAGUGUUUCUUCAGUGAGAUGUUCUUCAUCCUAUUCUUCAUCUGAUAAUUCUGCAACUUCAAAUAUUCAGGAGUUAAUACAGAAACUCCAUUCUGGACUAGAGAUGAAGGAGCCAAUUGCUGAUAUGAGAAUAUCUGACAUAAUGGAUGUUUAUGAGCAGAAGCUGUCAGCAUUAGCAUCUAAAGAAACCAGGCUGCAAGACCUUUUGGAGGCAAAGGCGUUGGCACUGGCUCAGGCUGAUAGGCUUAUGGCUCAGUACCGAUGUCAGAGAGCCCAAGCUGAGUCUGAGGCAAGAACUCUUGCUGCAAUGUUGAAGGAUGCAGAACGAAAAAAUGAAGAACUUAAUGUUUUGCUGAAAGCUCAGCAGGUGGAAUCUGAAAGGGCGCAAAAUGAUAUUGAACAACUCUUUCAACACAACAGAAAACUACAGACAGUUGCUGAAGAACAUGAAAUACUGAAAAAAUCCUCUGUUGAUCUUCUUCAGAGGCAUGAAGCAACUGAAAGACAAUAUAAAGAUCUACAUGUUACAUGCAAUUCACUAAAUAAACAAGUAGAAGCAAUGAAAAAACUAAAUGAAUCACUCAAGCAGCAGAAUGACAAGGCUGCUGCACAGUUGAAAGAAACUGAAGAUAACAGAAAAGAAUUAGUACUACAGCUACAGGAUAAAGAUGGCAAAAUAGCAAGCUUGCAACAAAAAAUAAAAGGUCUUGAAGAAAAACUGAAAGCUCGACAGAAAGAAAAAACAGAUAUGGAAGAAACUAUAGAUCUUCUUAGAAAGGAAUUAAGUAAAACAGAACAAGCAAGGAAAGAACUAAGUAUCAAGGCAUCUUCUCUGGAAGUUCAAAAGUCUCAGUUGGAAGGACGUUUGGAAGAAAAAGAAGCUAUUGUGAAAGUACAGCAAGAACAACUGCAGAAACAUUCCCAUAUGAUAGCAAUGAUUCACAGUUUAAGUGGUGGCAAAUUAAGUGCUGAAACAGUGAACCUCAGUUUAUAGGGCUCUCUAGUUAAGGUUUUAGUAUUUUAGAUAUAUGUAUAAAUAUAUGUAAAGAUUUUUAAACUUGAAGUUAGCGUAUUGUCAGGCUAAAAAGACCCAGUCAUCUACAAUUGAAGUAGUUUGGCUGUCAGUUGAGAAGAAAAACUAGUAUUUUGGAAGCUUUGGUUUGAAAAGUCUGAGCUAUUUUAUAGCAAAUAGGUCUUCUGAUGAUCUUGUAGAACUACUAUCAUCUGUAUUGGGAGCUGGAUUCAACUGUGUUUUUGUGACUAACAUUCCUAGCCCUGCAAAGGGACAACAGGAGUCACGGAAUUUUUGUCUGUACAUUCUGUUACUGGCAGUCAGACAUGCAGUAUGCUUCAUUAAGGAAAGGUUAAGCAUUUUUAUAAUUUCAUCUUGUUAAUUUUUACUCUUCUGAAUACCAUGUAUUAUUUGUGCAAUGCUGCUUCCUGAUGUCUAAGAUAAAAACAUAGAAAAUGGAUUAUACAAGUUAGAACCUGUUACACUGAAAGCUAUAUUUCAGUUUAUUGGUGCACAUGCUUCAUGUAGUAAAUAUGUGGAGGUGUUUCUAAUUAUGAGGUGAUAGGAAUUAGAACGAGUAGAAUACAAACCUGAAUGAUUAUCAGAAAGUACUAUCAAUUAUAGAAAGUAUGCUGAAAUAUGAAAUAUAUGAAUCUACAAAUAUUUGUUAGAAUACUAUGUAAUAUUUUAAUAGUUCUAC